GAAACUUGUAAUGCAGUUCUCGACUUCGUUUGAAACAGACGUUAUAGAGAUUCUUGUUUUUUUUUAGAGUAUUGUGCUAAAGUUUGAACGUUUGAGGAACGAUGAUUCAACAUCUUGUAAUCUUUUGUGGAGUGGUAAGCGUGGCCCUUAGUGCUCCGCAAUGGUAUGGACCACAUGCCGGUUAUGGUGGGCAUGCUGCACCAGCACCACUUGGUCCUGAUGGUCGUGUGGUAGAUACUCCUGAAGUAGCCCAAUUAAAGGCUGCUCAUUUGUCAGCUUUAGCCGAAGCCAAUGCACGUGCACCGAAAGGACCUGGUGGACCCGUACCUGGACCAUACGCACCUGGAGCACCUGCUGGUUAUGCACCUCAUUACAGUGGUCCACCAGCACCAUUGGGACCUGAUGGUCGCGUAGUAGACACACCCGAGGUUCAACAAGCCAAGUCAGUUCAUUUCUCUCUGUACAAUGCUGAAGCUCAACGUGUACCAGCUGGGCCAGCUGAUCCAGUUGCUUCUGGUGCUUACGAUCCAUCAUGGAAUAACAAUGGCGCUUGGAACCAAGGAUCCUGGAAUCCUGGACACAAUUAUUACUAAAAGGAUUUAUUUCUUUUUUUUUUCCUUUUUUUGGAUUACGUUCGUUCGACUCGAAUCAAUUUAAGAGAUGCACACCUACUGGUAUCUUUUAAAAUCUACCUCGAUAAUAUUCAAUUUUUGUAUCUACCUCGUUCAAGACUAAUCAUAAGAAGAAGAAGAAGAAGAAGAAGAUGCAGAUGAUGAAGAAAUGAUAUGUGCUCUUCGUUCCGACUGAUUUCAACGAUUUUCAACUACCUCUUAUCAUUUAUCCGGACGAACGAGAAUAAUUCCUUCGAUUCAUAGAUCUCUGGUUUAUUUUUACUGUCUGUCUGUCGCUCUCUAUGCCUUAUUUCUUACUUUUUUAUUGUAUAUCAUUAAUGUUAUAUUAUCAUAUUAGAUUUCGAGCGAUCAAUUGUCAAUUUCUUAUGUGUAUGGUGCUAUUAAAUGUAUUCUAUUAUAUUCAUAUA